UAUAACAGGGCGGAGAAAAGAGGGAACUAAAUAGAAAGGAAGGAGGUCCCACUUUUCGCCGAGCACGACAUGAAGAGAAAGUGAACGAUUUUCUUUUAAGUCUCCAAGCAGCUUCCCUUCGAAGGCGCAGCGGUGUGCUGUCGGGAUCUCGAUAAACAGAAAGCGAACAGAGCUGCUCUGUCUGUGUCAGGAUCGAGGAGAAAGCCAGGGGAAGUUUUGAGAGGAAACGAGACAUUGCCGGGCGGAAAGCGAGCGGAGUUCUGCUGGUUUGCACAGAGAGAAAGAGGGGAAAACAGAGACGGCUCUGUUGCGCGGAUUUUAAUGAAAUACAGCAGCUGUCGGACACACGCCUGCAACCCCUACCUACCCGGAGUUAGAUGCGUUUGACUUUAAGAUGCGGAGCGACCCCAUACUGUUCGCCUCGAGGGCGAUGGAGGAGUUGUUGGCAGAGUUGCGGGUCUUUCUGGAGUUGUUAGACAGAGAGUAUUUAACUGCUGGAGUGAGAGAGAAGAAACAGCAAAUAUUAAACAUCCUUCGCAGAGUUCUAGCCACUAGAGAGCCUUCAUGUAAGACAGAGAUACACACCUCUCUCCCAGCCCCUCCUCAGAUGCCCCUACCAGAGAUUCCUCACCCCUGGAUGCCUCCAGACAAUGGGCCUCCUCCCUUGCCGAGCACCUCUCUUCCUGAAGGUUAUUAUGAGGAAGCUGUUCCGCUAGGCCCUGGCAAAGCACCAGAGUACAUCACCUCUAAUUAUGACUCGGACGCCAUGAGCAGUUCAUAUGAGUCAUAUGAUGAGGAGGAGGAGGAUGGGAAGGGGCAGAAGAUGCGUCACCAGUGGCCAUCUGAGGAGGCCUCCAUGGACCUGGUGAAAGAUGCGCGAAUCUGUGCGUUCCUGUUGCGAAAGAAACGUUUUGGACAGUGGACCAAACUGCUCUGUGUCAUAAAGGACAACAAACUGUUGUGCUACAAGUCCUCUAAAGACCAGACUCCACAGAUGGAGCUCGUCCUGUCUGGCUGCAGUAUCACACACAUUCCCAAAGACGGCAAGAAAAAGAAGCAUGAACUGAAGAUCGUCCAUCAGGGAGCUGAUGCUCUGGUGCUUGCUGUACAGAGCAAAGAACAGGCCGAAGAGUGGCUAAAGGUGAUGAAAGAAGUCUGCUCCAAUGGAAAUGGAGUGGUGGACUGUGACGGUUCUGGUUCUCCUGUUCACAAAGCAGAGCUGGAAAAGAAGCUGUCCUGCGAUCGACCCAGUUCAGAUGGAGAGCCCUGCCAUGAAAAUGGCAUCUCAGAUGGCAAAGAUCUAGCCAAAGGCAAGAAGAACUCUAAAUCUGAUCAGAAAGGAACUGUGGGACGUGUGACUGGAAAGAAAAUCACUAAAAUCAUAAGCCUGGGCAAGAAGAAACCAUCUACAGAUGAACAGACCUCAUCAGCGGAGGAGGAUGUCCCAACAUGUGGCUAUCUGAACGUGCUGUCCAAUAACCGCUGGAGAGAGCGCUGGUGCCAGCUAAAAGACAACCAGCUGUUGCUGCACAAAGACCGGGCAGAUCUGAAGACACACAUGGCCUCUCUGCCGCUACGGGGGUGUGAGGUCAUUCCAGGGCUGGACUCCAAACAUCCCUUCGCCUUCCGUCUGCUGCGCAACGGACAGGAGGUGGCUGUUCUGGAGGCCUCAUCCUCUGAGAGUAUGGGAAGGUGGUUAGGGGUCUUGUUGGCCGAAACGGGCUCCACUACAGAUCCUGCUGCACUGCACUACGAUUACAUUGACGUAGAGACCACUGCGAAUGUCAUUCAACUGGCCAAGCAGUCAUUUUGUUUCACCAGUAAGCGUGCAGUUUCUCCAAACCCAUACCUGGAUAACCCGGUCAAUGGUUACGCCUGCCCCUCAGGGGUCGCUCUGCAUUAUGAUGAUGUGCCCUGCAUCAAUGGAUCGGUACCAGAUGCGCACUACUCCACCCCAGCUUCAGGGGACCAUCGUUGGAAAGAAGAGUCUAAUUAUGAGAAUACAGACCUUUAUGAAAACAUGCCCUCCCCCAAACUAGCAACACGCUACUCCCCCAAAUCCACCCGCCCGUCAUUUUCCACAGGGCAUUACAACACACCGCUCUCCACCAAAUCUCUGUCCUCUUCCUCCUCUCCCUCAGCUGCUAAUACUAAAACUAACCAGCUGAAAGGAAAGAAAGGCCUGAUCACCAAUGGGUUCGCUGCAAAGCAGAAGUUGGACAAGAACCAGCCCAAAAAGGCCAAUGGAAUUAGCAGCACUCUGCCAGUGAAACGCAACAACUCUAGUGUGGAUCAGUAUAAGUACGGGAAAAACAGAGUGGAAGCAGAUGCCAAGAAACUCCAAACGAAAGAGGAUGAGCUGAUGAAGAGGAAGCAGGAGAUUCGAAACCGCCUGACCCAGCUGAAAAAAGAGAGGAAGGACCUCCGCACUGCUAUAGAGAACAACACAGGCAAGCGUUCUCUGGCAUCUUUGACAGAGAGACUUAAGAAAGUGGAGGAUGAAUGCAAACUAAAAGAGGAUGAACGAGUCAGUCUGGAGCUGGAACUGACGGAGGUGAAGGAGAGUCUGAAGAAAGCCCUGAAUGGUGGCGUCACCCUGGGCCUGACCAUUGAACCCAAAACGGGCAGCUCCAGCCCACAGUCUCCAGUGUUAAUGAGGCGAACGGUGGACAACUCGCCCAUCUCCAGCUGUGACACCAGUGACACUGAGACCUGCUCUCUGCCAGUCAACAGCGCGUCUCUGCUGCGCCGCCAGACACAACAGAAAGCCUCACCUGUGCGAGGACACGUCCUCAGGAAAGCCAAGGAAUGGGAGAUGAAAUCUGGCACAUAAGUUCUUUUCCUCCUACUUUUCAAUUUCAUUAUAUCUAUUUAUUUAAUUUUGUCCAUAUAUGAGUAAUGUUGAAAUUUAAUUGACUGAACCAUAGACACUAUUUUCCAGAAUGAAUUCUGGAAGACUUUGACUGAGUCCGGUGCCGUUUUAUCAUUAUAGCACUAUCAUUGGACUAUGGUUUGACUAGAGCUAUUAAUUUACAUUUACAUGUAUCAGGUUUAUUAAAAGCGACUUACAAAUGAGGGGCCAACAGCUGUGCCACAAUACCAAAUUUCAGUAGUAAACUAUAACAAUACAAAAACACCACCGUUCAAAAGCUUGAGGUCAGUAAUAUUUGUUUUUAUUUUUAAAGAAAUUAAUACUUUUAUUCAGCAAGGAUGCAUUCAAUUGAUCGAAAGUGACAGUUAAGAUAUUUAUAAUGUUAUAAAACGAUCCUACAUUUUUUUUAGCAAUUUCCACAAUAAUCAACAUGGAUUAUAAUAAGAAAUGUUUAUUUAGCACUAAAUCAGUAUACUAGAAUGAUUUCUGAAGGAUCAUGUGACACUAAAGACUGGAGUAAUGAUGCUGAAAAUUCAGCUUUGCAACCACAGGAAUAAACGUCAUUUUAAAAUAUAUUAAAAUAGAAAACAGUUAUUUUACAUUGUAAUAACAUUUCAUUAUAUUACUGUUUUUACUGUGUUUUGGAUCAAAUAAAUGCAGCCUUGCAGCAGAAGAGAUUUCUUCGUUAUCAUGACAUGAACACAGAACAUGUCAGAUUAUGGUCCAUAACUUACAAUCUAAAUAUUAUGCGCGCAAAGCUCACUGGUCUCAGUUGGUAAUCACUUAAAAGUCUAUAAGUCUGUUUAUUUCUUCAACAAGAAGCCAUUAAUGGAAGACAAAAUCUCCAAGUAUUUAUUUGUAAAUGUUUAAGUAAAUAUAAGCUUUUCUGUGUUUGUCUGUUGAUGUUUAGUAAUGCCUUUCAUUUGGCUUCACACUAGUUGUAGAGAGCAGCUAUGUCUUAAGAUAAAUGUAAAUUAAAGAACGUGAUCACUCAAAGCUUGUUCUUUUCAGAAAAAGCGUAAUCUGGAUGAAAGUAUUUUACCAGCGUUGUCUCCUCCUCCUCGGUGUCUGGCCCAUUAUUUUCAAUCCAGUGGUCAGGCCAAACUUUUGGGUAUGUUAACAACAGCCCAUGGGGAACAGGGCAGCUCAGGCCAGGGUGUGGUCCUCUGUUGGCCGACUGCUCUGGAAACUGGGUCUGAAAGUACAGCACUUCCCCUCCACCGAACACACUGCAUCCACUGCACUGAAACUGCAAUGCGUCAUACACUGACAGUUAAACAUGCACUGUAUGCUUGCACAAAGAAGCGUGCAUACAGUAUGUUAAGUUUCAUUCAGUUGUUAUUUGUGCAUGUGCAGGUGUAAGUAAUCUAUUUGCUUCCAAAAACCAAAUGUUUGGUUAAACAAAAGAAUGAAAAGUUCAGGCUAUAGCAUCCUGAUAUGUUUUGACCACUCAAAAGUCCAGUCACCUGACAUACUGAAAAUGGUGCUUUUAAGCAAUGCUUAAACCAUUCACUCCUAAUUCAGCCAGAUCAUGGAGUCUUGGUGCUUAAUUUAGAUAUUAAUGUUCAAGGCACAUUUAUAACUCUGUUUAUUUUGCAGUAAUCGUCAGCUUUUGAUUUGAGGCUACAUAUUUUCAAGCUACGCUACACGCCGGGUGCUGUGUAAAUAUAAUUGUACUUUUUCUACUUGGGGGCCCAUAGGUCUUUAGAGCUUUUCUUUAUCCAGUCAUUUUGUAAAAGUCAGCUCUGGAUGAAACCUUGGUAUGUAGAGAAAUCUCUUUAGAAGUUAUCUUUGUCUCCAGUUCAAAGUAGAUGGGAUGCUUCAAUCUUUCUGCACAACUGCUUAUUCUUUGGUUCAGUCUGCUUUCAGCCUCACUUUGCAGAAAUAAAGUAAUGUGGAAUGUGAACAGUUUUGCUUUAAAUGUCAUUUUGCUUUGAGGGUUGGAGUAAAGACUGAAUUGUUUGUUUUGCACCUUAUGUAUUACUUAGUUUUAUUUUGCUGAUGACUGUUGUCAACUUGGCAACAAAAGGACUGUACAUAGAAAUAAACUGCUUUUAAAAAUGUG